AUGUCCAAGUCGCGCAUGCCCCUGAUCCUCGGCCUCGGCGCCGCCGGUGGUAUCGGAUACUACCUCUACAGCGCCGGCGGCAACGCCAAGGCCGCCGAGAACAAGUUUGAGAGCGACCUCCACAAGGCCCGCGCCAACAUCAAGUCGGCCAUCCCCGGCACCGGCUCCUCCCCCGACGCCGCCGGGAAGCUCCAGAGCGCCGGCUCCGAGGCCGGCGCCAAGCUCGACAAGGCUUGGCAGCAGGCGGAUAGGCAGGUCGGUCAGACCCGCGACAACGCCGAGUCGUACGCCAAGGAGGCCAAGGCCGAGGCCCUCAAGGCCGUCGACAAGUUUGACAAGACGGUCGAGGACGGCGCUGCCAAGGCCAAGAGCGGCCUCUCCGGCUGGUUCGGUGGCAAAUAA